AUGGAUCGAGAAAUCGAAGAAAUGGUUUCAAACUGUGCUGAAUGUCAAUCGGUGAGACCAGAACCUGCAAAGAUGAGACUGCACUGCUGGGAAACUCCUACGGAACCUUUCCAGAGAGUUCACGUGGAUUUUGCGGGUCCUUUUAUGGACACAUACUUCUUCAUUCUGGUUGAUGCGUACAGCAAGUGGCCGGAAAUCAAAGUUUGCAGGUCGAUUACAGCUGAGAACACGGUGAACAUGUGUCGUGAAAUCUUCAGUACGUUCGGUAUUCCGUCAGUAUUAGUAAGCGACCAUGGCGUUCAAUUCACUUCGGAAACAUUUCAGCAGUUCUUACGAAUGAACGGGGUAAUGCACAAAAUGGGAGCACCGUAUCAUCCUGCUACCAAUGGACAGGCUGAGCGCUACGUCCAAACGUUUAAACAGAAAUUGAAGGCAUUGAAGUGCACAAAGUCUCAACUCAAUUUGGAGCUGUCAAACAUUUUGCUAACCUACCGGAAAAUGCUACAUCCUUCUACAGGACAAUCACCUUCGAUGUUAAUGUUCGGUCGGCAGAUUCGAUCGAGGCUAGAUCUACUUUUGCCGAAGAAUGAAGCUGGAAGGAGUAACAACUACGUCGUGCGACAGUUCCAGGAUGGGGAUCGAGUGCGUGUACGAGAUUUUUUGUCAAACAGCAAAUGGAAAUUUGGCAGAAUUGCUGAAAAGACUGGAAAAUUACGGUAUGUUGUACGGUUGGAUGAUGGCAGAGUUUGGGAACGUCAUAUCGACCACAUUGCUGGCGUUGGUGCCAAUCUGCGCGAUGUCUCGCUUGAAGGCUCGGCGGACAGUUCUCCAGAGAAGUUGGACGUUGAAAACUACAUUCAAGCAGUACCUGCAGUUGCAGAGUCGUUGGCGAAAACUGCUGGUAAUUUUGGUAUGGAGCAAACUUGUCCAACACCGGAGUUAUCUGGCCAAGAUUCGACUACAACUACAAGAGUGAUUCCUAAUCUGAUUGAAGUCGCUCCAGCUAACGGGACUCGUCAAAAUGCUGCUGCUGCUACCCCUCAAACCCUACGGCGCUCAAGCCGUGUGGUUAAACCGCCACAAAAGUUGAAUUUGUGA